AUGCAGAGGCUCACCAUGACGAAGUCGUACAGCGAGAGCGGGCUGAUGGGCGAGCCCCAGCCGCAGGGCCCCCCGAGCUGGACGGACGAGUGCCUCAGCUCCCAGGACGAGGAGCACGAGGUAGACAAGAAGGAGGAGGACCUGGAGGGUCUGCACGCCGAGGCCGAGGAGGACUCGCUGCGGAACGGAGAGGAAGAGGACGAGGAGGACGACUUGGACGAAGAGGAGGAGGAAGAGGAGGAGGAGGAAGACGACGACCAGAAGCCCAAGAGGCGGGGCCCCAAGAAGAAGAAGAUGACCAAGGCUCGCAUGGAGCGGUUCAAGCUGCGGCGCAUGAAGGCCAAUGCCCGGGAGCGCAACCGCAUGCACGGGCUGAACGCGGCCCUGGACAACCUGCGCAAGGUGGUGCCCUGCUACUCCAAGACGCAGAAGCUCUCCAAGAUCGAGACCCUGCGCCUGGCCAAGAACUACAUUUGGGCGCUCUCCGAGAUCCUCCGCUCGGGCAAGAGCCCGGACCUGGUGUCCUUCGUGCAGACCCUCUGCAAGGGCCUGUCGCAGCCCACCACCAACUUGGUGGCCGGCUGCCUGCAGCUCAACCCGCGGACUUUCCUGCCCGAGCAGAGCCAGGAGGUGCCGCCGCACGUGGCGGCGGCGGCGGGCGCGCCCUUCCCGGCGCACCCCUACCCCUACCAGUCUCCGGGCUUGCCCAGCCCGCCCUACGGCACCAUGGACAGCUCCCACCUCUUCCACCUCAAGCCGCCGCACGCCUACGGCGCCGCGCUGGAGCCCUUCUUCGAGAGCGGGCUGGCGGAGGGCGCCAGCCCCGCCUUCGACGGGCCGCUCAGCCCGCCCCUCAGCGUGAACGGCAACUUCUCCUUCAAGCACGAGCCGGCCGCCGACUUCGACAAGAGCUACGCCUUCUCCAUGCACUACCCCGCCGCCGCCGCCGCGCUGGCCGCCGCGCCCGCCCACGCCGCCAUCUUCCCGCCCGCCGCCUCCCGCUGCGAGAUCCCGGUGGACGGGCUGGCGCCCUACGAGGGCCACCCGCACCACGAGCGCGUCCUCAGCGCCCAGCUCAACGCCAUCUUCCACGACUGAGCCCCCGCGCCCAGCGAGGGCCGGGCAGCCGCGCCCGCCGCCCGCCACCGCCUUGUUUACAGGGGCCGGCCCGGCGGGUCCCGCCGCCGCCGCGGGGCCGCCGCGUCCCCCCGCUCACCCGCGGGCCUCGCUU